GGCCUGAAGAUGUGGCACUGUGCUUGCUUCCUCUCCCAAAUAUCAGGGUGAUUUCUUAGCCCCAGUUAACAGAGUCAGCUAAUGAAAAAUGCAUAGGUACACAAACGGGUUUGAUGAUUUUUUCCUUAAUUGCACGGAGAAUGAGUUAGGCUGUGAACUGCUACUGAAGGAGCAUCUGGGAGUGUUCUGACACAUGUAGGAGCAUGUCAUGCUCUAAACAAUGCCCAAGCAAUUAAGCAAAUACAUUAAGAAGAGUUAGGAAGUAUGUUUUAAGCUGUAUUUUGUUUUGGUUUGUUUUUUUAUUCAUUUAGUAGAAUUGCUGUCAAAUUAAAUUGCAUGUAACAUUUUUCCACUGCAGUUUGAGUGAGCUGUAACACCGUCACUAGCAGGAAAUAGCUGACAGCUUUGUUCUUGUAUGACUGCAGCAUAUCAUGGACAGAGUGCUGCCCCCAUAGCAGCACAGUUGCAUCCACACGUUAUGUUCUGGUGAGGCAUCAGUCAGAACAUUAACCUUUCAAAAAUCUUUUCUUUCCCUUCUGCACAAAAGCUGAUUUUUUUGUGCUAAUAACAAAAAAUACCGUUAAGAGUAAUUUCUUAUGCCAGCUCAGUCUAAAUAUCAAUGGCUCUGAGAACAUUAUGAGGUAUAAUUUGUGUCUUCAAUGUGUUUUCAAAGCAUUGUUUUUCCUCCCUGCGUACAGCUGCAUUCCAUGAUGUUGAGAGGAGUUGCUCACAGUGCAAAAGAUACAGUUACAUUACUGUUGGCAAGAUGUCACUGCAGUAGCCCUGCAUUGAAUUUUUUGUCUUUGCGGCCUGAGGUAACAAACAGAAGCUUCUUAAUCCAUUCAAGAUACACAACUGAUACAAAGCCAAGAGAGGAAAAUAAAAAAACCAUUGAGGAGCUCCACAGACUGUCAGUUGACAUUAAGAAAAUACGCAGAGGAAAGGAAUGGGUCCUUCUCCAGGAGGUGGCCUACGUUCCAGAAAUCGCCAGAAUUCUACGAGAAAUGGGUGCGGAUGAGCCUGCUAUAGCCAGUAUCUUGGAACGCUGCCCAGAGGCAAUGCUGCGUAGUCCUGCAGAGGUGAACUCUCAAAGAGCUCUGUGGCAACUGGUAUGCCAGAAGGAAAACCAGCUGAUUAAAUUAAUAGAGCAGUUUCCAGAUUCUUUCUUUACUACUGGGUAUCACGAGAACCAGAAAGCAAAUAUUCUAUUUUUUCAGGAACUGGGACUUAAAAAUAAUAUAAUCACCAGGUUCUUGACAAGCGCACCCAAUAUCUUCCACAAUCCAGCUGAGAAAAACAAACACGUGAUAGAGACGUUACAAAGAAAUUACUUAAGCUUAGGAGGUUCUGAUGCAAAUAUGAAGAUCUGGAUACUGAAGUUACUGAGCCAAAAUCCAUUUAUUUUGUUAAGUACCUCCUCAGCAAUUCAGGAAAACUUGGAAUUUCUGCAAAAGAGUGAUUUCACUGACCACGAAGUCCUACAGCUGCUGUCCAAACUUAAAGGUUUUAUUUUUCAGCUUACACCCUCCACUAUGCAGAAGAGCAUGCUUUUUUCCAAAAACGUCUUUAAGUGCAGCGAUCAAGAAUUCAAACAACUGGUGCUGAAAUGCCCAGCCCUUCUCUAUUAUUCUGUUCCAAUUCUAGAAGAAAGACUUGAAGGACUGCUGAAGGAAGGAAUUUCUAUAGCACAGAUUAGAGAGACACCAAUGGUGCUGGAGUUGACGACACAAAUUGUUCAGUACAGGAUUAAAAAACUCUCUGCUUUGGGAUACAAUAUAAAGAGUGGAAGUCUAGAAAACUUGAAUGGUACUAAGAAAGAUUUUGAAGCAAAUUAUGGUAAGAUACAAUCAAAGAAGGAGAGACCAAUGUUUAAUCCUGUUGCUCCUCUAAACAUUGAAGAUUAAUUUGAAAACUGUACUUAAAAUUAUGCAAGUGAGAAUGAUCAAAGAGAAAAGAGGUUUUGGUUCUUUGAUAGGAGUUAAAGCAAAAGUCAUCUUAACCAGAUUGUAGUCUUAUGCUGUCCUUUGUCGUGGAGCGGGCUUUAUGCACAACUUCAUUAUAAAAUUGCAGCUUUUUAAUGCUGGUUAUGGGAAAGGUUGAUUAAUCCUUUACAUAAGGAUUAUUUUUUUUUCUCCCAGGGAGCAUCUUAUAUAUAUUUUUGGCUCUGAUUUCCUUAUCUGCCUGGCCUCCAGCUUCUGUGGCUUUUCAGCUCCAUCACUGCACUGUCUGUGGUAGUGCUUAGCGUAAUCUUUAUCUGAGAAAGAAAAGGAGGAUUAUUUUGCCAGUAAUAUGAAUCCACCCACUGGUCCACUGCCUUUGGAGAUGUAUUUCGAGUUCCAUUCCUUAUUGCUGCAGGAAGUGGCUAUAGUUCCUGCAUCCUGAAAUGAAGAAUUGAAGCAGAUGUGACUUUUGGGUGGCAGGAACCAGCUCCAGCAUAGUCUGAAAUAGGCAGAAUACAGCAUUUGUAUUUAGCAGCUGCUAUGGUAAUACCCUAGUGUGUUCAUUUACAAACCAUAAUGCAAAGAAACUACUAGACAACCUCCUUGAAAUUUCCACGACUAUAGAAACUGACUCCUAUUACAAAAGGAUGGGGAUCAGAAGGAAAUACAUUUAUUGCUGUUACAUGGUUGUUCAUUUCUUUUCUAGCAAGGCAUGGGGAGAGAAAAGGUUAUGGAGUGAGUUAAACGAGUCUCACAUGACUGAAAAAGUCUUAUUUUUGUAUGGUAUAACAGAACUAGAGUCUGAGCACACUGGUGAUUAAAAGUGACCAUCAGAUUUGCAAACAGCUGCCAUAGUUUCUAAGUAUAUGGGUGACAGUUUCUCAUGUAUCACUGUAAUUGUUGACAAGUGCUGGCUUUUAAAAUAAUACCUGUCCUACAGUGUUUAAAUCCUUGGGGGAUUUUUAUUUAUUUUCAUUUAUGGGCUGUGAAUAAAAAUAAAAAAAAGUAGUAGCACCAUUAAA